UGACACGCCAGGCCGGGGAGUGAAGAGUCGUAGGUUGUAGAGUAGGAUCAUCAGUCCUAGAGAGCGGGCCCGUGCCCCGCUUUUUUCCCGCUGACAGGUGUGUUUUCCAGGCUUUUAAUCAUCGAGUCCGGCUCUCGGCGGGGCACCUCUGGCUGGUGAGCACGAGCCUGGACCAGAGUAAAGCCUCUUGUCUUAGCCAGGCAUAAACAAUCGUGAUAACCUCAGCCCUGUUUGCUUUCAACCUAAGAGCACGGCGGCGGGCGGCUAGGGCAAUUAGAAUUCCUGAUCUGUCCUGUCAUUGGGAGGAAUUUGUGAAUUUGGAGGACACCGUCGGCUGAUAGACGGCAUCUCUCCCGGACAGGAGCCCAGCUCACAGCGCGCGAGUUCGGGAUGUUGGGCGGCAGCGUGGUCCCGGUUCUGACUUGUUUGUUCUCACUGUUGUCCCGCGGGACGGGAUGGGACGCCCGGGGAUCCGACAGGACCGUCAACGACGAUCCCUCCGCGCUGCAGAUCGGGCUGGAUCCCGACUCUCCCCGCACCAAAGUGGAAAUCCUGGGCGAGAUCUUCAAGAAGCACGUCCAGCGCCUGAGACAGACGGAAAACCAGACGGUCGAACUUGUUUUCCUGGUGGACAGUUCCGCCAGUGUCGGUAACGAGAACUUCAACAGCGAGCUCCGCUUCGUGAAGAAGCUCCUGGCCGACUUUACCCUCGCGGAGAAUGCGGCACGCGUGGCUAUCGUUACCUUCUCCUCACGCAACAAGGUAGUCAACCAUGUGGACCACUUGUCCAAACCCAGCUACCACAAGCACAAGUGUUCUCUCUUGGAAGAAGAGCUACCGAGAAUUAAAUACGCCGGCGGGGGCACAUACACCAAGGGAGCCAUCAUAAAAGCACAGGAGGUACUCCGCCAUGCCCGUCCUAACGCCACCAAGGCGGUGUUCCUGGUGACUGACGGCUAUUCCAACGGCGGGGACCCCCUCCCCGAGGCGCGAAAACUCAAGCACAACGGCGUGCAGAUCUUCACCUUCGGGAUCCGCAACGGAAACGUCAAGGAGCUGCAGAACAUGGCCACGGAACCGGCGGAGGAACACAGCUACAUCCUCGACAGCUUCGCCGAGUUCGAGGCUUUGGCAAGACGAGCAUUGCACGAGGAUCUGCACGGCGGAGAGUUUAUCUUGGAGACACCUGACAAAUGCUGGAAGCUGUGCCCACAGGGCAACAAGUGUUGUGACGUCACGGCCUCAUGCAGGUGCGGCACGCACACGGGGCAGUACCAGUGUAUCUGUGAGGCGGGGUAUUACGGGAACGGCGUCCAUCACGACUGUCUAGCCUGCCCCACUGGGACGUACAAACCAGUCGCCGCACCUGGAGGGAUCAACACCUGCCUGAAGUGUCCGGACCUACACCACGUGACCCCGCUGGCAGCUACAUCCACGCAGCAGUGCAGGUGCAAGGCCGGGUACCGGGACGACGGCGGGGGGCACUGCCAAGUGGUGACGUGCCCUGCCCUAUCACCCCCUGAACGCGGGUACUUCGUGCAGGACACCUGUAAUAAUGUGUUUAACUCGGCCUGUGCCGUGCGGUGUGAUCCUGGCUACGAUCUGCUGGGGGACAACCUCAGCCUGUGCACCAAGGACGGAGACUGGACGGGAUCUCCCGCCAAAUGUGUCGUACGGAAAUGUAAACCUCUGCUCCCUCCACGUCAUGGCACCAUCUUCUGUGACCGAGAUGACUACACGUUUGAGACAGUCUGCAAGUUCACCUGUGCCCCGGGACACAAGCUGGUCGGGUCCCACAAGAGAAGGUGUCUGGCCAUCGCACACUGGGACGGUGUCCCUGCGGAAUGUGGAGUUAUCACGUGCCCCAGGCUGUCUGCUCCCAACCAUGGAUCUCUCCUACCCAAGAACCCUUGCACCAAGAAGAAGGUCCCAUAUGGAGCGUCCUGCCAAUUCAGCUGUGAAGAUGGCUUCCAACUGGAAGGGACUUCAGACACUACCUGUAACAACAGUGGGGAAUGGGACAACCUGACAGAAGAGCCAGUUUGUAAAGACAUCACCCCUCCCCAUAUGACUUGCCCCGAUGACAUCAACAUGGAGGCAGCAGAGGGCGAGAACAGUGCCAAUGUCACCUGGGCGGUCCCUGUUGCCACGGACAAUGCAGACAACAACCUGCCAAUCACCGUCGUACCCACAGUCUGGCCCCCGAGGCUGUUCUCCAUAGGAGUGGUGAAUGUGACGUACUCAGCUCAGGACAAGUCAGGCAACGUGGCACAAUGUACCUUCACCAUCAAAGUUAAAGAUACCCAGCCUCCUGUUAUAGACAAAUGUCGGUCUCCCCCACCCUUUCUGUCCAAGACUGGGAUGGCCAACGUGAGCUGGGAGGAGCCUCAGUUCUCUGAUAACUCAGGGGAGCCUUUACAGAUGCUGCGGAGCCACGAGCCAGGACUGUUCCCCUGGGGAACCUCCAUUGUCAACUACACAGCAGUGGACACUGCCGGGAACAGCAAGAGUUGUAAUAUCAUCGUCCAUGUGCAACAACAUGUAUGUGAUGUACCAGAUGACCCCUUGUACGGUGCGAGUGACUGUAACACCAUGGAGCGAGGCAUCAACUGUACCCUGCACUGCUCCAACAGUCAUGGGUUCGCCAUCCAGCCUGAGAACUUCUACUACUGCACCCUGGAGGGCAACUGGCUCCCCGCAGAACACCACAAGCCUUGGUGGCCUGACUGCUCAAGUAAGAAGCUGGCUAAUGAUGCCCUGAAGCACAUACAGAUGCAUUACGAGUCCAGGCUGUGGUGUAACAGCCCAACCCUCUUGGACUCUGUAAAAGAAACUGUCAGUGCCUUGGUAACAAACAAGCUGUCUGACUACUGUGGAAAUGACAUUGAGUGUCAACUAAGGCAUGUGUCAUCACGCUGUGUGCAAAUCAACUACGGAGAGGCCAACUGGAAACAACUCCUGCCAGAAACUGAAGAGCCCCAGUACUCUGAUGUGAUGUUCCACCCUGCCACAAACCUAAAGAUGGGAAAAAGGAAUAAAAGAAACUUGAUAAGCCACCUCAGGAAAAAGCACCUGGGAUUGAAAAAAGACAACUUUGCACAUCAAACAAGAAGGUAUUUGAAUCGUCAGCUAAGGAGUUUGCAAAAUGAGGAAAGCAGAAGGGGUAAAAGAGACCGUGGGCAUGAGGAGACAAAAGAAAUCUAUGGCAAAUGGACCAGGAAGACUUCCAGUGAGUUUCCUACACUGGACAGCAUAUUUGGUGGUUCCUACAGGCUAUCAGCUCCAGAAGUCAGAAGGGAUGUGGACAAGGAUAGAAAACAUCAAGAAACCACCUCUGAAGACAUUGAAGGAACUGACAAUCCUGAGGACCAGAUAGGUGUACCAUCUUAUAGGAGGAUACCCUCUAUUCAGCUUGGGUUGAAUGACCUAAGAAGCCGAAUACCCGAAGCUCCAGCCUGGGAGGGUACUGGUAGUUAUGACAAGAACAACCUGGUAUCAUACCAGGUACAGGUAGAACUAGAACUGACAGGUCACGCCACUCCUCCACCCGACAGCACUGCAGAAGAGGAGCAACAACUACAGAAGGAACUGCUAAACAUUCUCGAUGACGUGCCCAGUCACAUGACCACAGACGGGGCGGAAGGGGCACUGGACAUCGAUAUAGAUGGACAAGACCUGAAACUGGACCAUAACGCCAUCGACACUCAUCCGGCCUCCCUGUUCUGUCAGCCAGGAGCAGUGAUGAGGGGGGCUUACUGUGUGAACUGUCCCCAGGGAACGUACUUCGAUGUUCAGAGGGGGGAGUGUGCCGCCUGCCCCGUUGGUACCUACCAGGACCUAGAGGCACAACUUCAGUGUGACAUGUGUCCACGCAAGACUUCCACAGCCAGGCAAGGGUCCAAGACUGUAAAAGACUGCAAGGCUAAGUGUAAACCUGGCAGUUUUUCGCCUGAUGGUUUGGAGCAGUGCGAGACGUGUCAAGUUGGGUACUACCAGCCUGAGGAGGGCAGUAGCUCAUGUCUGUCCUGUACUGGGAACUACACCACAGCCAGGAGGGGCACUCGCACGCAAAAGGACUGUGGAGUGCUGUGUCAGCCUGGGUAUGUGUCAGCCACAGGUCUGGAAGAGUGCUACCCCUGUCCUGAGGGAUACUACCAGGAGAGACCAGGCAUGUCUGUCUGCAACGCCUGUUACAAGGGCGGGUUCAGACCUGGCCGGGGAGCUAAGAAAGGAGCAGCUUCUAUUUUCGAGUGUCUUGGAAGAGCUGCCCAUGUGGAUGAUAAUGUCACCCAGUUUGAGUUGGCAGCAGCCCUGACGUUUAACGACUGUUUCUCCGACCCUUGUGAGAAUGGAGGGGACUGCAGGAGCAUCAGUGCUGGCUAUGUGUGUGACUGUGUGCCAGGGUAUACAGGUGUGAACUGUGAGGUAGAGAUUGACGAGUGUCUAUCGUCCCCUUGUCUGAACAAUGCCACCUGCACAGACCAGCUCAACAUGUUCACCUGUGCCUGCACACCUGGAUUUGCAGGACCCACCUGUGGUGAGAACAUUGACGAGUGCCUGUCAUCACCCUGUCAGUACAACGGCACCUGUGUGGACAAGACUAACAGCUACCAGUGCAUCUGCGCCAAGGGAUAUACAGGACCAAACUGUGAAACAGAGGUGAAUGAAUGUUACUCUAGCCCAUGCAUGAAUGGGGGCAUCUGCUCCGACCUGAUUGGUCGUUUCUCCUGCUCCUGUGCACUCGGUUACUAUGGAGACAGAUGUCAGUUGGAUAUUGAUGAGUGUUCCAGUCAACCCUGUUUCAACAACGGAACAUGUGUUGAUGCAGUCAACUCCUUUAGCUGCCAGUGCCCUGUUGGAUACACCUCUGAUUUGUGUGAGAUCGAUGUUGAUGAAUGCGAGUCCGAUCCCUGUCAGAAUGGUGCCACCUGCCUGGACCAGGUGGGCAGCUACACCUGUGUGUGUGCACCUGCUUUCUCAGGUGUCAACUGUGAAACAGAGGUGCCAUCAGAUUUUAACCUUGAGUUUGAGAGCUCUGGGACCGUUGAUUACGUGAUGAUUGACAGCAUUCCAUCACUGAAGGCACUGACUUGUGCCUUCUGGAUGCGUAGCACUGACAAACAGAACUACGGGACUCCGCUAUCUUAUGCAACAAGCUCAGAGGACAACACAUUUGUACUGACUGACUACAAUGGUUUUGUGCUGUACAUCAGAGGGAAUGGGAAAGUGACAGACGUGACAGCUAACGACGGCCGCUGGCACCACAUCUGUGUGACGUGGACGUCAGAGGGAGGGGUGUGGAGGAUCUACAAAAACGGCAUCCAAGAGGAUGAGGGACAGGGACUGGGAACGGACAGUGUUAUACCUGGAGGAGGUGCUUUUGUCCUAGGACAAGAACAGGACUCACGGGGAGGAGACUUCAACGCCCGCGAGUCCUUCAUCGGUAACAUGACCCAGCUACAGCUGUGGGACUACAUCCUGUCAGACGACGACAUCCUCGCCUUGGCAAGGACCUGUCAGAAGAACGUGGGAAAUGUGCGGGCGUGGCCGGACUUCCUGCCGGGAAUUGUGGGACGAGUGAAUAAGUCGCCAACUUAUAUCUGCAAAGGCUGUGAGUCCUUGCCUCCCAGACCCAACAAUGGUUCCAUCAUUGGUAACGACACGUCCAUGGGGUCCAAGAUCAUCUAUAGGUGUGACAGGGGUUACGAACUGGAUGGGCCGCCGGACAGGGAAUGUCUACUGGACACCUCGUGGUCAGGGGACGCACUGGCUUGUAAAAAAAGAUCGUGUGGUCCCCCUCCAAGUGUCUCCUGGGGAAGGCCUGUCCGUGCCAGGUAUCAGGGUUACAGGUACCAGGACACUGUGCAGUUUAAGUGUCACCGUGGCUACCACCUGGAUAAGAACACCACGCUCACCUGUGGUCCUGAAGGGCACUGGGAAGGUGAUCACCCCACAUGUCUGGAUGUGGAUGAGUGUGCAGCUGAGGACCUCCACACCUGUUCAGCUGAUGCCGACUGCACCAACACACCUGGAGACUACACCUGUCAGUGCAGACUGGGCUUCACUGGGGAUGGACGCAGCUGUAAAGUGGUAACCUGUGACCCUCCAUCUGAACUCCACAAUGGUAGGAUAUCAGGGAGCAGCUAUGAGUUUAACCACACCUUGGAGUACAAGUGUAACACAGGUUACGUUCUGAAUGGCACUGAUGAACGCACCUGUCUAGCCUCGGGAGAGUGGAGUUACAAGAUCCCCUUCUGCCAACCCGUCAACUGUGGACAGCCAGACAGUAUUGAGAAUGGCAUCAUGAUCGGCAUCUUCUUAACCUACCAGAGCACUGUUCAGUAUCACUGCGAGCAGGGUUAUACACUGGUGGGGGCAAGUGCGAGAGUUUGCCAGGCCAACGGACGCUGGGGCGGAAAUGCACCUUACUGUGAGCGUAUUUCCUGUGGACCGCCCAGGAAGGUGGAGCACAGUUUCCUCUUCUCGGACGGGGACUACAAGUAUGGAAGCACUGUCUCAUUCACGUGUGACAAGGGGUUCGAAUUGGAGGGGAGAGCGUCACAAAUGUGCCAGGCAAACGGGACAUGGAGCGGCGAGGCUCCAAGAUGUGAGCGAAUCUCCUGUGGACAACCGGCAGAAAUCCAACACGGAUCACUGACAGUAGGUGAUGUUAGAUAUGAGAGCCUUGUUCAGUACAACUGUGAUGUAGGAUAUAUCUUAAUCGGGAAUGACACAAGGACAUGUGACUCGGAUGGUAUCUGGAAGCCAGGCCCACCACAGUGUACCCCUAUCAAAUGUGACAACCCCCCAAAAAUCAGACACGGUAUCAUCAUUUCCAGCUCUGAUAUCAGUGUGUACGAGAGCUUGAUAACCUAUAACUGUGAACCAGGGUACAUCAUACAAGGAAAGAGUAACAUGACAUGUCUAGCCGACGGCUCUUGGUCAGGUCAACCUCCUAGCUGUGUGCCAAUCAGCUGUGGCUCUCCACCAGAAUUCCCACAUGCCAAGGCAGUUGGCGAUUUCUAUAUAUUCAAAAGUAAAGUGCAGUACAUCUGUGAACCUGGGUAUGAAACUGACAAACCAGCCGAUUCAACCUGCAUGGCCAACAAGAGUUGGUCAGUGCCGGUGGUCAACUGUAACCCUGUAUCAUGUGGCAAGCCUGAUGAAGUGGAAAAUGCUUUUGUCAAGGGAAGCAGCUUCACAUACAGAAGCAUUAUCACGUACCACUGCAUCGAAGGCUACGUGCUUGUAGGGGAAGGGAUACAAGAGUGCCAGGCAAACCGCUCGUGGAAUGGAGCAACACCGCAUUGCGAAAGGGCACCCUGUAAGCCCCCACCCGCUCUAAAGUAUGGGCAACCGUUAGCUCUUAAUUUGAAAUAUGGAGACACGGUACAAUACGACUGUGACAAAGGAUUUGAACUGGUGAGCACGGGUCGGAGGAAGUGCCUGGCAGAUGGGACGUGGAGUGAAGAGGAGGUCCAGUGUGAGCCGGUGCAGUGUAGCAUGCCGUCUCUUAACCAUGGCUCCAUCCAUGGCACAGACUUCCACUAUGGGGAGACGGUCACAUUCAACUGCAAUGAAGGGUACGUACUCCAUGGUGCUGAGUCAGCGACAUGUGAAGCUGACAGAAGUUGGAGUCACACACUGCCGUCCUGCCAGCCUGUGGCAUGUGGCAGGCCUGCAUUGGUGGGGAACGGUACACUAAUUGGGGGAAACUUUGUUUACCAGAGUGAGGUGACGUACACCUGUGACAAAGGAUAUUAUCUGGUGGGAAACUCCAGACGCAGAUGUUUGGCAAACAAGAAUUGGAGUGGCAAAAUGCCAGAAUGUAAACCUGUAUCAUGUGGGGAUCCUCCUAAACUACAGUAUGGAUUCAAGGAAGCACAAAACAUUUACUACAAGGGUGUUGUACAGUACAGAUGUCAUCUCGGUUGGACACUGAUAGGAGAAAGCACUCAGACUUGCUUGUCUGACGGAAAGUGGUCAGGUAUCCUGCCUGUUUGUGAGCCAAUAUCAUGUGGAGAACCCCCUGUGGUGGAAAAUGGAAAAGUGAAGGGUACAAAUUUCUCCUACACAAGUGUGGUGAAGUAUGUGUGCGAUCAUGGAUAUGAACUGCAAGGAAAUGGCACCAGGGAAUGCCUGGCAGAGGAGGCGUGGUCCCCCACUAAUGCCUUCUGCAGAGCUAUCUCAUGUGGGCCACCUCCGACCGUAAACAACGGGCGAUACGUGGGAAACAAUUUCACCUAUGGCCGCUCAGUGCUGUACAAGUGUGACGAAGGGUAUGAACUGGUAGGGAGGAACCUAAGCUGGUGCAGCGCUGACGGGCUGUGGACAGAUUGGGAAGACAAGUCGCCUACAUGCCAACCUGUCUCCUGUGAACACCCACCGAGCAUCAACUACGGACUCAUUGGCAUCAGCGACUUCAAGUUCCAGAGUGUUAUUCAUUACAAGUGUAACAUGGGUUAUGUCUUGACGGGGGCUUCGGAGAGGACUUGCCAAGCCAACAGGACAUGGAGUGGAGCAGAGCCAAAGUGUGACCCUGUGUACUGUGGGAGUCCUCCCAACGUUACCAAUGGCUUGGUGCAGGGGCAGUACUUCUACUACCUCGGCUUUGUGAAAUACAGCUGCAGGAAAGGGUACCGACUGGAGGAAGAGAAAGAGAAGUAUCACUGUCAAGAUGACGGCACCUGGGAGAAACCACCUCCUACCUGCGGCCCUGUUUCAUGUGGUCGGCCUGACAGCAUUGACAAUGGCCGAGUGGAGGGUAACAACUUUACUUAUGGUGGUGUGGUGUCGUAUCAAUGUGAUGAUGGUUACCAGCUUCAAGGCAGGGGAACAAGGGUGUGUCAUGAAAGCGGGUCUUGGAAUGACACUUCACCUUCCUGUGAACCCGUGUCUUGUGGAAAACCACCAGAGAUCCUGUAUGGCAGUGCAGAUGGUGCAGAUUUCCGGUACAAGAGCACUGUGAUUUAUUCCUGCAUCCUUGGAUAUGAACUCAAGGGACCAAAGGAGCGCGUGUGCCAAGCAGACAAGACUUGGAACGGUGAGGAAUCAACGUGCGAGCCAGUUACCUGUCCAGAACCUGCCGAAAUCGAACAUGGGAGCAAAUCAGGGGAUAGUUACAUAUUUGGCAGCAACGUUACCUACACAUGUAACGUUGGGUACAAACUUACAGGGACAAGUAAUGCCACCUGCCAAGAGGACAAGACUUGGAGCCAUCCAUUACCCAUGUGUGUCAUCAUCUCCUGUGUAGUGCCAGACCCUAUCACAAAUGGGGGAGUCGUCGGAUCCGAGUACACAUACGGCAGCACUAUUCAGUACCAGUGUAAAGAGGGGUACCUCCUGCAAGGGGGCUCCAAACGGAAGUGCCAGGGGGAUGGAACGUGGAACGUCCCCCCUCCGUCGUGUGUUCCCAUCCUCUGUAUCCCUCCCAUACACAUCCUUGCUGGUGUGAUCACAGGCCAGGACCACACUUUUGGUAGCAUCAUACAGUACAGCUGCAAGGAAGGGUAUGAGCUACAAGGGCAGAGGGAGAGGCGGUGUCAAGCCAACGCUUCCUGGUCAGGAGGAGCGCCCCGGUGUGAACCAGUAUCCUGUGGAGAACCUGACACUGUACAAAAUGGAAAAGUCAAUACAAAUGUUGGGCACAAAUACAACAGUACUGCACAAUAUUUCUGUGAUGAAGGAUAUGUUCUUUCAGGAAAUCAUAGCAGAAUAUGUCAAGCUGAUGGUUCAUGGAGUGGGGAGAACCCAGUAUGCAAACCCAGACGCUGCCCUGUGCCUAGCAAUCCGAAGAAAGGAAAGUUUAGAGGUAUACGCUACUACUAUGGACAGUCUGUGCAGUAUUCGUGUAAUGAAGGUUACAUCUUGCACGGUUCUGUGUCGAGAAGUUGUCAGGCUGAUGGCAUGUGGAGUGGCUUGGAACCAGUGUGUAAAAAAGUGGUCUGUGGAGCUCCCAAGGACAUCAAUAAUGGCCACAUCUUUGGACAAAGAUAUCUCUCUGAAGACACAAUAACUUACGUAUGUAACAGAGGAUACACACUAGAUGGUGUGUUAACAAGAGUGUGUCAGUCUAACGGACAAUGGAGUGAUACAAGUCCUACAUGUAAACCAGUUGAAUGUAAUGUCCCAAACAAAAUCCCAUAUGGAAAAGCAACAUACAGCAGUCUUACUUACAGGAGCAUUUCCACGUACCAUUGUGACCCUGGCUUUGUCUUGGAAGGUGUUAGUGAGAUAAUGUGUGAGCAUAGUGGCUCAUGGAAGGAAAGAAUACCCUCAUGUACACCUGUGUCCUGUGGAAACCCUCCAGCAGUGCUGAAUUCAGUCAGGACAGGGGAUAACUACACCUUUGGAAACACUGUCACCUACAAAUGCAAGGAAGGGUACAGACUACAAGGUAGUGAACAUGUCGUCUGUACGGAGGAUGCGACAUGGAAGGGACUGAGUGGUGAAACAUUUUGUGAACUCAUUGUUUGUCCAACCCCAACAAGCAUUCAGAAUGCAGAGCUGACUGGGCAAGAUUAUCAGUAUGGCAGCAUCAUUCACUAUCAAUGCCUGCCAGGCUUCGAGCCUGCCAUUGUUGGAAGCGACACGAGGAGAUGUGAAGAAGAUGGACAAUGGAGCGAAAGCAGUUUUCAGUGCACUCCCAUCUCCUGUGGUUCCCCCACACCCAUUGGUAAUGGAAGUGUGAUGAUUUCUAAUACUUCGUACCAGGGUGAGAGUAGGUAUUUGUGUAAUGUAGGUUAUAAACUAGAGGGCGGGGAUGUACGAGUUUGCCAGGCUGACAGAACAUGGAGUGGAAAUCCUCCGCAGUGUUUACCUGUCAGCUGCCCCUCCCCACAGUCUGUUCCCAAUGGUAGAGUCCACUCCAAACAGCUCACCUAUCAAGAAACCAUCUCUUACACUUGUGACCUUGGUUACAAGCUGAACGGGGAGGCAACAAGAACCUGCCAAGCUGAUCAAACUUGGAGUGGACAUCCCCCAACAUGUAAACCUGUUGACUGUGGCCAGCCGGGUCCCUUAACAAACGGUAAAGUACAAGGGAAAGAUUUCACGUACCAACAGACAGUAGUGUAUACUUGCAACAUGGGAUACAAACUAGAAGGAGUAGCAAGAAGAACUUGUCUUGAAGACAGACAAUGGAGUGAGGAGGAGCCUAGGUGUCUUGCUGUCAGUUGUGGCCAACCUGAAGCUGUCACCAAUGGUCUCAUCAAUGGCACUGAAUUCACGUAUGGAAACUCAGUGUCCUACAGGUGUACCUCAGGGUUUGAACUUCAGGGACCUGACACUAGACUUUGCCAAGCAGAUCAAACCUGGAGUGGACAGUCUCCUACCUGUGCCCCUGUCAACUGUGGUCAACCAGGUGACAUUCUAAAUGGUUAUCUCAAAGGUUCUGACUUCACCUACCAGCAGUCAGUGGUUUACCUCUGUAAGGAAGGUUACGAGCUUGUAGGAGAGGCAAGAAUAACGUGUAAAGAGGACAGAAAAUGGAGUAGUGAGGAUCCACAGUGUUUACCUGUGAGCUGUGGAAAGCCUGAAACUAUUACACACGGCAGAUUUGAUGGAAGGGACUUCACGUAUAACCAAACUGUUACAUACAGAUGUGACGUAGGGUUUGAACUACAUGGAACCAAGCAAAGGAGAUGCCUAGCAAACAGAGUUUGGAGUGGACAGGCUGCUAGAUGUGACCCCGUCAGCUGUGGACAACCCAUUUCCAUUGCUAACGCUGAGGUCCAAGGUUCAGUAUUCACCUACCUAGAAUCUGUAACAUAUGUUUGCAACAAGGGAUACGAAAUGGUUGGAGAAGCAAGACGUACAUGCCAGGAAGACAAGACAUGGAGUGAAUUGGAACCACGCUGUGUUCCUGUCACCUGUGGUCAACCUGACACCAUCUCACACGGUACUCUACAAGGUACCGACUACACUUACACACAGACAGUGAGCUACACAUGUGACACAGGUUACCAGCUUCAAGGACUGGAGCAAAGGACCUGCCGGGCUGAUCAAACGUGGAGUGGAGAAGCACCCACAUGUACUCCAGUAAGCUGUGGGCAGCCUAAGCCUAUUCUGUAUGGAGUAGUCAAUAGUUCAGACUUAACCUACCUGGAGGCUGUUGUCUACCAUUGCAGAGAAGGGUAUGAUCUGGUUGGAGAUGCCAAACGUAUUUGUGGUGCUGACAGACUUUGGAGUGGAGUAGAGCCAAAGUGUGAACCUGUCCAAUGCAGCAAACCUCAGUCCAUCUCUGAUGGCAGUCUAGUAGGGGAAGACUUCACCUACGGUCACACUGUAACAUACAAGUGUAAUUCCGGAUUUGAACUGAACGGACAUAAUAGCAGGAACUGCCAGGCUAAUAGGACUUGGAGUGGACACCUACCUGCCUGUAGUCCUGUAAACUGUGGUCAACCAAAGCCAAUUAGCAAUGGCAUGUUUACCGGUUCAGUGUUUACCUACAGACAGUCUGUGGUAUACGAAUGUGACAAGGGGUACGAGCUACUGGGGGAUGCAAGACAGACUUGCGGAGAGGACAGGAAGUGGAGUGGGGAGGAACCAACGUGCAAAGCCAUCAGUUGUGGUGAGCCUGAAGAGGUUUCCUAUGCUAGUAUGAAAGGCACAGACUUCACGUAUGGAAAAUCUGUAACGUACAGGUGCAAGGAAGGUUUCAAACUUCGUGGACUUGACGUCAGAACGUGUCAAGCUAACAGAACCUGGAGCAGUGAUAAACCGGAAUGUCUGCCUCUUCACUGCCCUCCUCCCACAGCUAUAGCCAACGGAAGGGUGCUCGGAGGCGACUUUACUUACAGACAGACUGUGCGCUAUGUAUGUGAUUCUGGCUUUGAGCUGAAGGGUAACCAGGAAAGACUUUGCCAAGCAAACCAAACCUGGAGAGGAGAGCUUCCAGAAUGUGUACCUGUCGACUGUGGCAAACCUAAAACUCUACCUAACGGCCAGUAUACAGGUAGUGACUUUACAUAUCAGCAGAAGAUUGUAUAUACAUGUAACGAAGGAUACCAGCUGGUAGGCAACCCAGAGAGAGUUUGCCAAUCCAACCGCGAGUGGACAACAAGUCUUCUGCGGUGCGUCCUCAUAACCUGUGACACUAUAGGCUCCUUCAGAAAUGGUGUCGUCAUAGGUAACAACUUCUCGUACGGCCAGAAGAUCAUGUACCAGUGUGACAGUGGGUAUGAGCUACAGGGAACACGUGAGCAAACGUGCCAAGCGGACGGCUUAUGGAGUGGCACCCAACCUGCCUGUUUUCCUGUUACCUGUGGCCCUCCACCACAGGUCCUCCAUGGGUUUGUGAAUGGAACAGACUACACCUACACACAGAGGGUGGAGUAUACCUGUGAUACAGGGUACGAAAUGGAAGGAGGUGCCCAGCGGCAGUGCCAAGCUGAUAAAACAUGGAGCGGGAUAGGGCCCAUCUGUAAAAGAGUGUACUGUGGACGUCCACCAGAUGUGCCUCACUGUGAUAUAAAGGACAAUGGCCACUACUAUGGGGAUGUACAGGUUUACACCUGCCACAAUGGUUACGUCCUGGAGGGGCCGUCGUCGCGGACCUGCACGGAGACAGGGUCAUGGAGCCUGUACAGUCCCAGGUGUCAGCCUGUCAGUUGUGGCCCUCCGCCUCCUGUCACCAAUGCCGAGAUCCAGGUAGACAGUUUCUUAUAUGGGCUGGGAUUGGCCAGGGUCCAGUGUGCAACUGGCUAUAUCUUGGUGGGAAAACCAAUGAGAUCUUGUCUACCAAAUGGUUCUUGGAGUGGCACAACUCCAGACUGCAACAAGGUGCAGUGCCCGCCUAUGUUUGCACCUUUGAAUGGACAAGUCACAGGGAAUGGACACUCCUAUGGUGAUCUUGUCGUGUUUGGCUGCAAUGCUGGCUUCAGGCAAAAGGGGGCGCUAGACAGCAAGUGUACUGAGAUGGGAACUUGGAGCCAUCCCAGGCCAACAUGUGUAGCCCUGGAGUGCCCCUCACCAGUCCUCCCCCCACACCUGUUCCUGUCCACACAGAACUACCAGGUGGGCUCCAGACUGCAGCUCAGGAGUGAGGAGGGCUACAGACUGGUGGGGGACAACACCAUCACAUGUCAGCUGAACCAGACAUGGUCCAGGGUACAGGCUCUACCCAUACGAAUAAAAUGUGGACGUCCAGUUGCCCCGGCCAAUGGGGCCGUGCAAGGACAGAGGUACGAGUACAGAGACACCAUCACGUUUAGCUGUCGCUCAGGCUACGUGUUGGAGGGGAGUCGUGUAGCAACAUGUCUGCACACGGAGAGAUGGUCAUCUCAACCCCGCUGUAAAGCUUAUUGUGUACAUGGGUGCCAGAAUGGAGGAGAGUGUAUCAGGCCCAACACCUGCAAUUGUCAACAGGGAUACAGGGGGCCUUCUUGUGAAUUAGCGUUUUGUGUGCUGCCAUGCCUCCAUGGAGGCAAGUGUGUCGGCCCCUACAAAUGCCAGUGUCCUCCAGGAUACACUGGUUCAAGAUGUGAAAAGGCUGUGUGCAGGAAGCCGUGUCAGAAUGGAGGGAGGUGUAUGCGUCCCAACAUGUGCUCAUGUCCCACAGGAUUCAGACCACCUGACUGUUCCAGAGAGAUUGACAGGAGAUACAGAGACUACUACCGUCAACAGUACCAUUGAUGGAGCUGUGGUUCGAUCUUCACUUCAUGUAUAGUUGCUGCUAUGCACUCAUCAGAGACUCUUUCACAUGUGUAUGUCCUGUCUUUUUGCACUUUUGCAAGUGUUUGUAAUUCAGUUGUGCUGUCUUCACGUUUUGCAUUUGACAGUAAGAUUUUUACCUUCAGAUAUGUUUGAGUAAGUUAGACAUUUUUCUCUAGGAGAAAUACAGCCUUCUUUCUAAAUGUACAGUAUCUGUGGUUACUUACUUUU